UUAUCAACGGCUAACUGGGCCAGCAUCAGCGGAUAAGCUUUUCCCGUUUACGCCUGUCUGCUCUUCUCCUGGCCUAUAUUUCCUAGGCGGUGAUUGCCCGUCCGCGAGGAAACCAUUUAAGGUCAGCAAGAAUUGUAAAACAACCCACAUUCCUGGAAGAAAUUUCUCUCAAGGUGCUUCGUUCCAGAAUUUGAGCUUUUGUGGAGCAAGACCUUCCCUUUGUGCAAACUGGGUCAUCGAUCUGUGUUCGGACUGGUUCCACUCUCUUAUCGGGUCAAUGGCACUGUUAUGACACGGACAUCAACCUGAUCACCGCGCGGAAGCAUAAACCAGACCAGCCAAAGGAACAGCCGAUAAUUUUGGCGUCACGGCAUUGAUCAGUAUAUAAAGAGCGGACGCUUUGGGAGCUGUGGGCAGUUGGUGUGGAGAAGGCAAACUCUGCAGUGCUGACGAAGAAGAACACAUUUGAAAACCUGUCUGGUCCUGCCUCGGUCACUCAUUUGAAAAGCUCAGCGUGCACAAGAACCAGCGUUCGCUGCUUCUGUAUUUCUACAACGUGCGCCGCCUCACAAGUUAAAAAAAGGAACCUUCGUAAUCAUCGACACGCUUCGACCCCCGAAAAAGCGGUGCCAUGAAUUACCACUCCGCCAGAAUGGGCGUCGGCUGCCGCCCGGGCCACCACGACUGCAACGGGACAUUUAGGGAACCCUCGUUCGCCAGGAACUACCGGCUGCCGGACCGCCAUUACCACCACCCGACCAUUGCCGUCCCCCCCUACCCUCAGCUCCCCGACCCGCCCCACUUUCCCGCCGUGGACGUCCCGGAUCACGCCCACUACAUCAUCGGCGCGGUCAUCCUGGCCGUGGGCGUGACGGGGGUGCUGGGCAACGCCCUGGUGAUCUACGCGUUCUGCCGGAGCCGGGCGCUGCGCACGCCGGGGAACAUGUUCGUGGUGAACCUGGCGGCGGCCGACUUCCUCAUGUCGCUGACGCAGUCGCCGGUGUUCUUCGCCGCCAGCCUGCGCCGCCGCUGGGCGUUCGGGGAGCGCGCCUGCGAGCUCUACGCCUUCUGCGGCGCCCUCUUCGGCAUCUGCUCCAUGGUGACCCUCGCCGCCAUCGCCGCCGACCGCUGCCUCGCCAUCACCCGGCCCCUGGCCUUCCUGGGCGGGGUCACCCGCCGGCGGGUGGGGCUCGUGCUGGGGGGCCUGUGGGCGUACUCCCUGGGGUGGAGCCUGCCGCCCUUUUUCGGGUGGAGCGCCUACGUGCCCGAGGGGCUGCAGACGUCCUGCAGCUGGGACUACAUGAGCUUCACCCCCUCGGUGCGCGCCUACACCGUCCUCCUCUUCACCUUCGUCUUCUUCGUCCCGCUGGGGGCCAUCGGCGCCUGCUACCUGGCCAUGUUCCGGGCCGUCCGGACGGCCCGGAGGGAGGUGCGGGAGCUGGGCUCCGGGGAGACGCAGAAGGCCUACGAGCGCGUCCAGGGCGAGUGGAAGAUGGCCAAGGUGGCCCUGCUGGUCAUCCUGCUCUUCGUGAUCUCCUGGUCGCCCUACUCGGUGGUGGCCCUCACCGCCACGGCGGGCUACUCCCACCUGCUGACGCCCUACAUGAACUCCGUCCCGGCCGUGAUCGCCAAGGCGUCGGCCAUCCACAACCCCAUCAUCUACGCCGUCACCCACCCCAAGUACCGCGCGGCCAUCGCCCGCUACGUGCCCCUCCUCCGGCCCGUGCUGCGGGUGCGGGACAAGGACCUGCGCUCCUCCUUCACCUCCUUCAGCGGCGCCGCCUCCUCCUCCUCCUCCUCCCGCCGCGCCACCAUCACCAGCCAGAGCUCCCUGGGGGUCGGGGCCCGCGCCACAGGCCGCUGGGGCAAGUCGCGCCUCUCGUCCGCCUCGGACACCGAGUCCUGCUGGGUGGAGAGCGAGGUCGACGGCUCCUCCUCCUCCGCCGCCGGCGGCGGCUCCCUUCCCGUCACGCGACGCGCCUCCGCGGAGGUCCUCCGGGAGGCGGAGCAGCCGAGGGGCGCGCCCAACCCCGCCUUCAACGCGGCCGCCGCCGCGGUGGGGGACGAAGACGUCCCAGACGGGGGCGCGCAGUGCGACGGGAAAGCUUUCCUGCUUGCCGGGAACUGA